UGAGGAGGUGCGAUUUCGCGCGUUCACCGCGAUUCCGAAUUGCAUUUCUGACAGAUUCCGACAGCGGCGAGCGCGCUGGCACCGGGGAGCCGCUUGCCAAGGUGAUAAUCGAGCGGGCGAGUCUGUUCGCGACGACGAGAGGCCGACGAGAUGUCCGUGAUGGGUAAGCCGGUGCUCUACUCCUACUGGCGGAGUUCCUGCUCGUGGAGGGUGAGAAUUGCGUUGAAUCUGAAGGAGAUACCGUACGACAUAAAGCCGGUGAGCCUGGUGAAGAGCGGCGGGGAGCAGCAUUCCAAUGAGUUCCGCGAGAUCAAUCCGAUGGAGCAGGUCCCGGCGCUGCACAUCGACAAUCACACGCUAAUAGAGUCUUUAAAUAUCCUGCAAUACUUGGAGGAGACCAGGCCGAGUCGCCCGCUGAUGCCGGCGGAUCCCGUCAAGAGGGCUAGGGUGAGGGAGAUUUGCGAGGUGAUCGCCAGUGGCAUCCAGCCGCUGCAGAAUCUCACGAUUCUGAUCUACGUCGGGGAGGAGCGCAAAAAGGAAUGGGCGCAGCAUUGGAUCACCAGGGGAUUUACAGCCGUGGAAAAGUUAUUAUCGUCGAGCGCGGGCAAAUAUUGCGUCGGCGAUGAGAUCACGUUAGCGGACUGUUGCCUGGUACCACAAAUAUUCAACGCACGGAGGUUUCACGUCGACCUCAGACCCUUCCCGACGAUCCUUAGGGUGGACCGUCAUUUGGAGCACCAUCCGGCCUUCACCGCGGCUCACCCCAACAACCAGCCCGACUGUCCGCCUGAGGCGACCAAGUAGCAAGCGAGGCAGACCACCCUUUUCCUCUUCUAAUAUCCUUUAGAAGAGCGAAGGGAGGUGGUCCGACAUCAUGUGGUUUCAUAGUGACAAAAGGUGACAAAUCCGCCGUUCAUUCGUCCUCGUCCAGAUUUUUAACGUGACGCGUGCGGCUCGUCGAACCUCGUAUAUUAUCGCGAAUGAGAGAUCGUAAGACCUCUCCGAGAAAAAGCGCUGAAUCGAGCUCAUUGAGUCCGGACCGCCGGUCGCAAAAUUUUAUCCGGAGGAGAGACAGCAGUUGCAAUCGAGAGUUGAGUUUAAAUUUCGGAAAGGUGUAUGCGUGCUUAGCCACAAAAAGAUUGCAGCACUUUUUUCCCUAUAAUAAUAUUCCGAAUUUUCCCUAUAAUAAGUUUCCGAACGUAUCCCAUGUCCAAUUCCCCCCCCCCCCUCUCUCCCUCUUUCUUUCUCUCGUAGAGUAAUGCUCUCGUAGAGUAAUGCUUCCAGGAGUCCCGUAAAAGAUCCCCAACACCAGUAUCCGGGUGUACACUUAGUAGUGUCGUGAAGAUUGAUCACGCUGCGGCAGCGUGUGCACGAGAAGUUGAUUUUAAUUCGACGCCGUCGGUCUGCAGAUUGUGUUCCUUCGAUAAAAAUUACACUUGCGCGUCCCAGUCCGAGGAUAUCGUUAGAUCGGUAAAGCAGCACCUUUUGUCACUUAUGAACUGCGUUCCGGUAUUGAAAUGGUUAGCGGCCGGUCGACAGAAGCGAGCAUCAGAGGCCGCGGUAGCCUCUCGAUCUUCUACGCCAUUUCCGUACUCGUACAUAAAAAUAAGAAAGGGGGGAUAAUAUCGGGCCUACUUUUAAGUUCUUUGUUACGUUUUUCUACGGGUUUUUAUCGUCAAUCGAAAUUUAUCCUUCACGCGAUAUUUUUACACGAUAUUUUGUAAGAUAUAUCGACCUAUUCUAAAUAGGUUCUGUUGAAAUCAAAAGUUUACUUUUUAUAUAUAUACUUAUAAAUUUUUUAUUUGACUUCUUUCGCGCUGACAUAGCGUAAGGAAAAGAGGAUGUUGCCUAUAUUGAAUCAUAGUGAACGCCCCGAGAUCUUCGCAUCGGUAACAUAUAUAGAAUAGUGAUUCGUACUUACGUGAUAUCGAGUAGCGCAUGCAGCAGACAAAAAUUCGUAACGCGAAGCGAUCCACAAUUCGAAAGGGGGAUGUGUAAUAAAAGGGAAAUUUGCGCUCCGCACAAUGUGUAUCUCCCGACGUGUAAAAGAAGAGAGUACAAAUCGCAUGUUUCCUUUGACAUUCCGGAUGUAUCGUAUCUUCCUCGAGAGGAAAAUCGCUUUUCGCGAGCACGUAAAGAAAAAAACUGCUCGCGAAAACGGUGACUGUGCCGGAUUACUACCGCAAUGCUGGACUGCCCGCCAAUUGGAAUUACGUUUACACAAUUGAGAACCGCGCGGUCAUCGAUGAUCUCGCGCGUUCGCAACCGCGAGGAUCGUGAAAAUGUGCCAUUGAAAUGCCGUUUACUACACCGAGGGGGGAAAAUAUCCGAGAAAUUAAAAGUAUUUGUCCGGUGGGUGGUACUAAUAACAUAUUUACUUGUAUUAAUAUACACUAAGUUCUUACACUAAGAAGAAAAUUCUUUUCACGUAAGAAAAUAUAAAUUUACUUAAAUCUAGCUUCACAUGAGAACAAUUGUUUAUCGCAUAAUAAGAUAUAUAAAUAAUUAAAUAGAAGAAUUUAGAUCGAAGUUAAUACAUAUCCCAAGUAGCACAGAAGUCAGAAAAUCCUUUAGACGUCUUUUGGACUUUUGUGUUUUUUCGGGGUAUCGAUCAUGUAAUUUCACGCGAAAGAUUUCACUUUUCACCCUACCGGAAAAAAUAUUUCUUAUUUUCUGGACAUUUUUCUCCCAGUGUACACAUAGUACAAUCGCGUAUGUAUGGUCGCGCAAAUCAAACGGCGCACGGAGACGCCGCCGUCGAGACGCCAACGGAAUCAAAGUACACAAUUUUAUGCGCUCUCACAGUGUAACUGAGCGUCUCUCUAUCUCUAUCUCUCCCUUUCUCUCUCUCCGGUUUCGAGAACAUGAUGAAGCAGAGAUGCCGAUAUUUUUCACGGAUCCUUUUUAUAGAAAUCGCUCGUUGUAAAGCGCGCUGUUGUUAUCGCGUAGCCGCGUACUUCGAAGGAUUUUGUACGUCAACGUGCGUAUAAAUGUAUAUGCGCGCCGCUUUCUCAAACGCGUUACGCUCCUAAGCCCGAGAGACUCCUCUGAUAGAUAUCGAGAAACACAAUCGGAUUUCAUUGGAAUUCUUCCUUAUUGCCGCAUUAACCUUCCGCCGCCGCUGGCACUCACGAAACAUGUCACGUCGCACUCGCGUCGGAAAACUCACACGUCGACACAACGUCGAUGAUUUUUGAACUCCAUGUAUGUCGCGCACGUUGUAACUGCCUUCUUAUACUGAGACUUCGACGAGUACUUCUUCCAUGUAGCCUCCAGCCUUCGCAAUUAUUUUUCUAUAGGAGAUAUAGUAUCGUAAUAACGAAGGUAUACACUUCUUUGUGCGCUUUCUAAUGGAAGAUGAAAAAAAGGACUAAAUAUAUAUAUAUAUAUAUAUAGAUAUAUAUAGAUAUAUACAUAGAAUCGUCGCAACACACUCUUAGAGCCAUGGCGCAUACAAAAAACACAAGGAAUAAGACGUAAGCAGAAGUAAGUGAACUGACCAACCACAAUCUAUUAUUCUUCGACCGUAAGGAGAAUAGUCGACUAUGUGAUCGGUGAGUUUGCUCACGUUCCGUGUGUGCCACGGGCCUUAAAGUCUACGUCCUACAUAUAGCACCCGGGACAAGCAAGAACGUACAUUCCGUGUUACACACGUACGCACGCACAGUAUCAGCGCUACUAUCUAGUCAUUCAAGUCGCCUCUUGUCACUUGGCAAGUCAACACAAAAUUCACUAUUGUCCAAAAUGGCUCACUACAGCCACUUUUCUCUCGAACUGCCGUUAAAUUUGUAAAAUAUAGGCGGUUUUAUAUAUGUUUUUAUGCCGUCUCGUCUGCUGCCGAUUGCUCCGAAAGCGCAUUUAUAUCAUUUACGUCCUUGCUCUUUUCUUUGUUGUGAACUUUUAAAUUGUAUUCCAUGAAAAGAACUUGCUAUAUGUUAGAUUAUCCAAAGAUAAUCCUAGUAAGAUAAGUGUUAUUUUCUCACUUAAAUGGCCUUAGUUACAGAAUUGGACAAAAAUGACACUUUUUGGUCACUAUGUUUGAAAGGUCACUUUUUCUGCCAAGAAGUGGCCACUGUCUCACUCUUCUUGUUCCGGUGACUAGAUGGCAGCGCUGCAAUACAUACAUGCGUAGCAUACAUAUACACAAAGCCACACAACAGACGUAUAUUAAUCAACCGAGUGGUUAGAUAAUAAUGUAUAUAAUCUUUAUACGAACCAUACUUCCCCCGGGAAUUCCGCUCCGCGCGAACGUCCACCGGCAACAAGACAGCAAGUGUACGGCCAAAUCGAAACUGCAGUUGUGCAUGUCCGCUUCCUUUUUUUUGUACGACUAACGUCAUAGUACUACGUGAUUUGAUUUACGGGGAGAAACGCGAACAAAGUAAGAGUCUCUGUCACAUUGCGUUAUAACUUUCUCGCUUUUAUUAUUGUAACUGAGAACGAAAAGAAGACUUGAGUAUUCGCCACUUAAGCGAAUGCUCGUUAACGUGUUAACGCGCGGGAUCUCGCGUCUGAACGCGAUCCUGCGGCUGCCGCGUCGAGUCUCCGUUCCAGCAUUUUCGCAUACAAGGAUCUGAAGAAAAGGGACGAAGGAUUGACCGUGAAAGUGGAAAGUUGAUUUCGUCGAGAACGAACUGUGACUUAUCGUGAUAAGCGGUAAUUUGCAAUACGGGACGCAAUCAACGUGUAAAAUAUUACAGGCAGAUUUCUCAUUUGAAUUUGAGGCCUCCUCAUAUAAGAAUUUCGAUGUUUACGAUAAUUUUCUGAUCUUUCGUAUCAAGUAUCUUCAUAACUAAUUUUAGAAUCACAGUAUUGCUAUGAUAUACUCAGUAAGCAAGAAACAUUAAAUCGAUGAUAGAGGAAUCGUCGUUCUUAAUAUUUCGCAUACUGAUUGCGUUCUCGAAAGCAUCUAAUUUGCAUUGUAGUUUUCGUGCGAAAACCUCGUGUAUACCUCGAGCGUCGCUCAUAUUCCGUAAAUAAGAGCGAAAACGGACGACGUUCAUUCCGGUUUAUUACAAUGCGAGUGUCGUCUCCAUUUUCAUCUUUCUCACAUCGCUCGCGCGCAGUGUAGUCGUCCGAUACGACCUCGCAAAUGUGAGCUCGCCCUUUACAUCGCUUUCACGAACUGAUUGCACAUGCAGUUGGCAAUAUAUACCGCUGUAUAGUCCGACGAGGUAAUGGCAAUAAGCGUAAUCUCCUCUCCCGCCCACAAUGGUCCCUAAGAUAGACUUUUUGAAAAGGCGUAGCGUUUGUAAGAGGAUGCAUGAGAUCGUUAGGUAUGAGCAAAUGAGAGUGUACAAUAAUAAUAAUAAUUAUAAUUAUAACAAUAAAAUAAUAUUAAUGAUAAUAUUAAUGAUAAUAUAAUAAUAAUAAUAAUAAUAAUAGUGACACACAUGUCAGUCCGAAGCAGCACGGGGCGCGUAGAUAAUUCGCGAGCGAAAACGAUCACCGUACAUUCGCACCGCUUCUAGCGAGUAAAAGGAAUCUGUGUCAUAGUGUAUGUAUAUUACUUUGUAGUAGCGCGACGAAAGAUCAAAAGAACAGUACGGUGCAUUCAGCCAAGCGACGUACAUCCACCCACACACAACAUAUAUACAUACACACAUACAUACGUGUACACUUAUAUUGUCACCCGAAUAAAGCUGCGUUUUCGUCUGUAGUGGUAUACUUUUUAUUGCGAGCGAGUCCCACUGUAACUGAGAUCUGCAAAAUACAAACGCUCUCACGAUUA